AUGAAUCUAUAUCUUCCAAACUCUUUCCACGGAGCCAUUGCUAUAUUUCCCCCGUCAUUGAAAUUAUUAUCUGCUCUUAGUAUGGAUUACUCUCUUACUCAAAAAUCGGUUAAUCAAUAUAAUUCCUUUAGAAAUGGUAUCACAUAA